GUUCUCUGAUAACGCGGCUGGCCCCGCCUCCCGCUCCUCACCUGUGCACCUGGCGCACCUGUACCUGUCCUCACAGGUAGCGCAGUGCCGGAGAGCAGCGGAUCAGCACAGCCUGAGUCCGGGGGAACUUUGAUCUGCCAUGGCCGAGUCUCAGCUGCUGUGUCUGGACGAUGAGCACGUCAACGAGAAGGUCCCGGAGACCAGGCCGGAGUUUUACUACAGCGAGGAGCAGCGCGCCGCCCUGGAGCAGCUCCUGAAGAACGGGGACGGAGCCUUCAAGAUGCGGCUCAAGGAGGACAACAUCAAGGACUUCCUCUGCGCCAAGGAGGUGCGGUUCAUCCGCAAAACGUUUCACGAGUACGAAACGGACAGCGACUCGGAGACCGGCGAGCAGGAGAAGUCCAAAGAGUCCUCCAGCGCGGACUCCGGGGUCCACUCCACCUACUGGCCCCAGAUGUCCGACACCGAGGUGCCGUCUCUGGACAUCGGCUGGCCGGGCAGCAGCGGCGUCUACAAGGGGGUGACCCGGGUGUCCGUGUACACCCAUCCGCCCAAAGAGCCGGGCCCGCACAUCAAGGAGGUGGUGAGGAGGCUCAUCCAGGAGGCCCACAAGGUGGUGGCCAUCGUCAUGGACCUCCUGACCGACCUGCAGAUCCUCCAGGACCUGCUGGACGCCUCAUCGCGGCGCGGCGUGGCCGUCUACGCCGUCCUGGAGGCCAGCGGAGUUCCACAUUUCCUGGACAUGUGCACUCGGCUGCAGAUUAAUGCCGUUCAUCUGCGGAAUCUCCGUGUGCGGAUGGUGAAAGGAGCAGGGCUGGCCCUGUCAUUUGGAAAGCUGCCCGGCUCCCUCUGCUCCAAAUACAUGCUGAUAGACGGAGAGAAAGUCAUGUUUGGGUCCUACAGCUUCACGUGGAGUUCCUCUCGGAUGGACAGGAACACGAUCACCGUGAUGUCCGGACAAACCGUGGACUCCUUCGACAACGACUUCAGGGAGCUGUACGCCGUGUCUGAACAGGUGGACCUCUACAGGGAGUUCAACAUCACCAAGCUGCCCAUACCUACGCCCAUCCCGAAGCCAAAGGUGGAGCCAAUCCGGCCUCUACCCGUCUCCACGUCUCGCUUUCAAGUAUCUAUCAAUGACUCCAGACAGAUGGAUCUGAAGGUGCCUGCACAUAAAUACCACAAUCCUAAGUACUCUUUAGUUUUUGGUAACAGUCGAGGCCUAACAGGUUCCCUACAAGACCUGUCGACUCCGAGCGACUCGCUGGUUGGUGGAUUGAGCCCGAGGAACGGCCUGCAGAACAACUUCAUUAACACGAGCAUGAACAUCAAUGACAAGGUGGACCGAGUCUCCCCACAGAGUCCUGGCUCACCCGCAGAGGAGGACGACGAGGACGGGAAAGGAAGCCUGAAGAAGUACCCGGCCGUCGGACUGAAGAAACGCAGCUCCUUCAGACACUUCUUGAAAGGUCGCGGAGCCAAUCAGAGCACAGAGACUAUAGAGGAGGGCGUGGUCACUCCUCAGAGCCCCGCCCCCACCUGUAAAGUGCCAGAGACCAAUGGCGUCGCAGGGACCGAGUUGGAGGACUCGUUUGAUGUAAUUGACAAACCGAGUCCGCUGAAGUCCAAACUCAAGAAGCCAUCGAAGGUCAUCCAGAGGAGUAUGUCUCUGCAGACCAUCAACAUGGGAGACGAAGACGGAUCCAAAAGCCGGCGGCGGCACCAGAAGAAGAACUGCAUCCAGUCCUGAGCUGAACAAACCAAGAGGACAGACAGUGUGUGUGUGUGUGUGUUUAGAGUUAUAAACACGCUGCAGCCGCUGAGUCACAGUAUCACCUUACUGUAACCAGGUGACUUCACCUGACACGAGAGCAGUCGGCGUCUCCGGCCUGUUCCACUGCUCCAGUUUGCAGUGGUGAAAGUCCUUUGCUGUGCCUCGUGGGAGCGACGACUGAUGAGAUGUUGUAGUUUAACUAAUCACGUGAGGAAAAUCUCAAUAUUGUAGCCAAAGUGUUGACAGAGGCAGACCUGCCGCCAUUUUUGUUUUUUUAUGUUUUUAUAUUAAAUUAUUCGACGAGU